CCUCGGUCACGUGGCGGCUGGGCUCGGCUUUUCCGAACGGGUGAGCGUCCGCAAGUACAAGUCUCGGGUUCCCCUCCUGUGAGGAGUUGUGCAUGGAGAUGGAAUUUACAAUUAAACACACCUGGGAUGGUUUACCUGUGGGUCAUGAGCCAGUAACAAUUGUGCUGAAGGCGGAGGAUGCAGGGCUGCUAAUGGAAGUUAAUGCUCCCUUCUUUAAUGAUCCUCCAGCACCACCUGGAGAGCCAGGGAAACCUUUUAGUGGACUGUGGGACUAUGAGGUUGUGGAAGCAUUUUUCCUGAGUGACAGAACUGAACGGUAUUUAGAAGUUGAACUUUGUCCCCAUGGACAGCACUUGUUGCUGCUGCUUUCUGGCAGAAGGAGAGCGUGGAAAGAAGAACUUCCUUUGGAGUUUGAGGUGACCAGAAGGAAAAACACAUGGGAGGGUAAAGCGCAUCUUCCUUGGAAUUAUUUUCCACCAUGCACUAAUACGUUUAACGCAUUUGCAAUUCAUGGCUCAGGAGAAGAGAGAAAAUAUGAAGCACUUCAUCCUGUGCCUCGACAUGAACUGCGUGAAGGACAGAAACCAGAUUUUCAUCGCCUGGAAUAUUUCAAAGAUUUGAACCUGAAAGGACUAAUGGGAGAAGAUUGGAAGCAGCCGGAAUCAGAUAUAUGGAAUUCUCACUAAUGAAAUGGAUUGAGGCAUGAAUAUUAAUAACAUUAAUGUUGGAUGAAAUUGUAUGGAAAGAACUUCUUCAUUCUGGGAAGAGUUUGUAGAUAUCAGAUUAGUAAGACUUUCCUUCACACCAAAAUCAUUUAUCGGUCUUAAAAUUAACUCUAACAUAUCUGGGCCACUUUGUUAUAAAUGUAUGAAGUAUGCAACAGCUUGUGUUUCAGUUCAUCUGGGCAUGGAGUUCUUAAUCUGUGCAAGAGAAAUCUGACCCUACCAUUGAAGGGGAGGAAAAAACAUGCUAAAAUUAUGGCUGUGUUUUUGUCAGAGCUCUAAGCCUGAUCUGGUUUGGAAUUCAUCAGUUUCCUAUAGUUGCCAUAUUUCUACUGUAUUUUUACUGUUGCUUGUUUGCUUCUUGACUGUUGAAUGAGUUUGUGCCUAAUUUUUUUGAUUGCCGUCAGGAAAAGAACACAUCCUUCAGGAUCAGAAAAGAAUAUGGGUAUCAUGGCCACUUGUGGCCCGGUACUCGAGUUUCAACAUACAGUGGAGGUAUUACACUACCCUUUUCUAUACCUUCCAGUAUCUCAAGUUUUCCUUUGCACUGUGCUGAAAGCGGAACUUAAUCUGUAUUACUCUAGUGGCAGGCAUCUCUGCUCCAAAUUAAAUGUGAAAUUUCUAGUGAUUUUUAGGUACAGAGGAUAGAUUUACAAAAGGAUUUAUGUAUUCCAUGAAAAGUUUCUAAGAGAAAUACUAUUUAGUAAAGCCUUUUGAUAUAGUUGUGUGCCUACAAAAAGGCUGUUUGUUCUAAGACCUUGUCACAACAGUGUAAGGGUUUGCCUCAGACACAUGACAAUUUUGUUUGUAUGCCACCUAACGCUGGAAAUAUUCUAAUUGUAUGUGCCUACAUUUUCUACGUAUGGACAUGCAUUUGGUUAGGUGGUAACAUCUACUCGGAGGAUUUCCAGAUGAAAUAUUCCUUUUAGGUCUAGCACAGAAAGCGCUGCUUAAUUUUGGCUGGUGACUAGAUCCUAUAUAAAUUAACUUAAAAAAAUGGAAAGCUUACCCAGUGCUCAGAUCCUACAUUUGAAAAGUUAGGUGACUUAAGAAACUAACUUCUUUGGUUUAGUUGAGAAUGAGGAUUUGGAUCAAGACGUGGUCCACAGUCCCUUACAAUAGAGGACUUCCUUCAUCUUGAAGUGUCAUCGUCAUGGGGUAAAAAGAGUGGUCAUGUUCUCGAGUUUUGUGAAAAGGGUUGUUUUGGGAGUCUGAGAGACUCAGCCAUAGUUGAGAGUGUAUCUUUCUGAAGUUAUGCCCUGAGGCUGUAGUAUCAGCUCUCAUCAGCUCUCAUCCUUGACAUUUUCUACUGAGCAACUCGGAACCCUACAAGUUCCUGGAAGUGACUGAUCUUGUAGUCUACCAUCCUGCUCAAGGCAGGCCUACUGUUGAAGCUAGUUGAGUUUGCUUAGGGCCUUGUGGAGCUCUAAGUAACUCCAAAGAGGGAGCUUCAAAUGUUCUGGGUAGCCUGUUUCAACAGGCAGCUAGUUCUGUUAUGAAAAAUUGUCUAAUUGGCACUUCUUAUGCUGCACCUUGUGUCCCUUGCCUUUUCUCAGUGCAUAUCCAAGAAGAGUGACUCUUCCUGUGACUGCUGAUUAGGUACCGGAAGAUAACUGUCAGCUCCCCAUGGAUUUCUUUAACAGCUGUCAUUCUAGGUUUACCUCUUUUGACUCUCAUUAGUAAGCACCUUCCACUCGGAUAUUACUGACCAGACAACUUGGCUCGUAACUUGGAGGCAACAAUGCUUCCAUGCCUUUGUUUAUUUAGUUUACAAAUAGCUUUAAACAUCUUGUGUAUCGCUUUUGACAUCAGAAUUCCUGAAAAGAUUUGUACGAGACUGCACUUGAACUUGUAUUGCUAAAAGAAUUCUGUUUUCUUCUGAAGUUGUGUGCAGCGAUAACUGUAGUCUUAUGGUCAUGUUUUCUUCGCUAAUUUUAAAUGUAACUCUACCUGUAAAUUCAUCCUGAGAAGAAAAGAAGAUGGGAAUGUCCUGCCUUUGUGAAGAACAUCUUGGUAGGAUUAAUAUCAGGGAAAAUGUUACUUAAAAGCUUUCAUUUGUCUUUAGGGUUCCCUCAUUGUUCUAUCAGUUUUAUAGAACUAUACUUUCAAGUUUAAGGAUAUGGGGCUUUUUCAGAUAUAGACUUUGGCAUGUCAAGGUACUCAAAUAUCCAAUUGUUUUUGCAGUCUUUUAAGUAAGUGCUACAGAUUCCUUACUAUCAAGUGCCAUCUGUUGAAAAUUACAAGUGGUGUGCAUUCAAUUGUUUGGCUUCUCUUCUACCUUCAAUCCAUAUACAGUUUUCUAAAGAAAGGCAUCAGUCUGAAAUACUGAAUAAUCAAGUAAAUGUUGAUUAAAAACAUUUUCUAGAUAAUGACACCUCAAAGCUGCUUUUGAAAUUGCAGUCAGAAGCAAAAACCGUUUCACUGAACUUCUACACUUCAUUUUAAAGCCUUUGUCGAAAUGCGUGCAAAGGCUCAAAACGAGUUUACUAUUGUUCUUGCAAAGGUUUUUUUCAUGUGAUGAACGAUGUUGCCUAUGUAAAGGAUGGCAAAUCAAGUUAUCUAUUCAGAUGUUUAAUCUCCCAUUCAUUCCCACUUCAAACUGACUGCUUCAGAUGUGACUUUGGAUACAAAUUAAACUUUGAGGAAAAUGGAGUACUUUCCCUAAGUAAUUUGAGAUAAAAUACUUGUCUCUGCAGUACAAACUGUAGUGCUAGAUGCUUCUGAAAAUGGGAAUUAUCAUAUAGGCUUUAUUCAAGGCACAUGGUACUCCAUGCUGCUGUCAAGUGAUUUGCUUGUAUGUUUCCAAGUUUAAGAUUCUGUCUGAACUGUAAAUGCUGGCUUUCAUCAGCAGAUUUUGAUAUGGUUUCUUGGAGCACAGACUUAGAAUCUGUGCACUGACUUGUUUCUUAAGGUUUUAAAAUUAAAUGAAUCCCUUGAUAGAAACUACUGUAGGAGGGGGUCUUUACAUAGAUGGGAGCACAGCGACUUGACACAUGGUAGUGAAUUUGUGGUUCAUGAAUGGACAAUACAAUACUUCCCAGCAUCACUUAAAGCUGCCAGGGAUGGGCAUCCAUGUUCUUUGAGAUAACUGGCUGGUUUGUGGCUUUCUUGCUCUGAUGUGCUUUUUAAAGCAGGCCUUGUGUUAUACUGUGGAG